GCACGCGCGCCACCAGCCUCCCCAUCCCUUAAAAAAAAAGAAAAGAAAGAAAAUUAGAAAAAAAAGUACGCAAGACAGACUACCACCGCACAACGUGGUCCCUUCGUCCCUGUGUAAUGUACUACUUCGCCACCGUCGCCCGACAGAUCGAUACAGGUGAUUGGUUGCUAUCGAUCUAUAGUGAUCCGAUCGGGAGAUAGACAGCAAGGGGAUCAAAUAACAGCGAACGCUGUCUUACCCAGCCAGCAGAUUACCCCGCGUUACUGUGUCGGGGCCGGCAUACCACGCAGAGUAUCUGUUUGCCGCGACAUCACGGGGACGACAGACAGUUGGGCGGCAAAGAUUGCAAAGGGAGAUAAUCACUACAGAUGGACCGGAAGCUAGACGACUCGCUUCAGAUACUCCCGUCAUGUACAAGCCCCAACCUGGUGAUAGGCGAGGACUCUGUUAACACGUGGUGCUGCCACCUAGCGGACGACGGAAGACUUGUGAACCAGAACUCACCUAAACUCGUGCAUGAUGGGAAAGACCACACGUUCUCAAAGCGUUCAGACGGCAGGGGAGACACAUAUACCUGGUCACGUGACAGAGAUAAACGCCCUUUAUCUUUCACCAACAAUACCCGAAGCACAUACAAUUUUCCCAGCAGUCCAGGGUUAUCUCCCUUCACCACCGGAAGUGAUUACAAGCGACUGGUCACGUCAUCAACGUAUCGAGGUCGACAGUCACCACUAGCCGAUGUCUUCCGGUACGAUGGAGGAAUAACCUCACAUGACUCCACAUCCGGGUAUGUUUCGCCGUUGAUGACGUCACGACAUCGUCCCCCACGACUCAAAAUCUACCCAGGAGCCCUUGCGUCGUCCAGUCUCCGCGGCCUUGGUCAGCGUUACUGGCAGGUGGAGGUGACGUGUGACCUCAAAGUUCACCUGUACGGCUUGCCAAUAUUCGAGGCGGGUGUCGCAUUAGCGGAGGCAGUCGACACGAGCGGUCUGGUAGUGGGGCCCGGUCAAACAUGGAUUCUCAGACUGACCACCUGCUACGACCACCCAGACCACGUGUGUGUCAGGGCUGUCAACGGUUGUCGCCCUUUGUGUCACUUUCCUGUGAAGGAGUGUAGAAAGAACGAGACAUUCACACUCAAAUAUGGCUUUCUUUUGAACUUUGACAGGAGGGAGCUUGUUGUGAUAGAUCUCGCCAAGAUGGAUGUGCUGCACGUGUUUGAGAACGUUGACACGUCACGUGACCUGUGGCCCGUGUUUGGCGUGUUCAGCAGACACCGGCAUCACGUGCAGCUCCGCCUGGUGUCGGGAAAACAACUGCGGCUUGACAGUGGUGUGUCGACCAUCAUAUCCAAGAUGGUGGACAGGCAGGCGCAUGCGCAUACAGGAAACUCUCCUUCCCCAGCCAGCUUUCGCGACUCCGUAUAUUCAAAAGCCACAUAACAACGGCAUAUAUGAGCUGUAUAGAUUUGUUUGUUUGUUGCUUAACCCCGCACUAUAUUCCGGCUGUAUGACGGCUGUCUGUAAAUAUUCGACCCGUGAAGAUCCGAGUCGAGAAUAGGCUUUAAGCAACCCAUGC